AUGAGGACACUGCAGACCAUUGACGACAAUGCCUGGAGCAGACAGCUGAUCCUGGAGCUGCAGGUGCAGACAGCCAGCUACGCCUGCUCCUCCCCGAAGAAGACUUUCCUAUAUAAGGCACUUGGUACCACGCUGGCCUCUUGCCAGGAUGUUGUCUACGUGAAAUCCCAGCUCCAGAAAUUUCUGAAGGACACAGAUUACAUGGACGCUUCAGAGAGAGAGCAAGUCGUGAGCAUCCUGGCUUUCUCAGCCAAGGGCCACCUGGACCUCACCCUGAGCACCCUGGAGGACUUUGGUGCUGCCAUGAGUAAAGUGCAGGUGUCUGGGAUCAUCAGCCUCCUGCAGGACUUUCACCAGGGGAGAAGAGGCAGGACCCACAGGGCCUUGAUCCUGGCCUACAGCCAAAUAGCUGUGCAUGCCCCCCAAACACAGCUGCUCCCCCGCGUGGAGCGUGACAUCACCAGGAGGGUCCUGCAGCACUACAUGAGCAGCUGCCAGGUGCUUGGCAUCACCAUCCUCAAUAAGGACCUGGACUUAAAGUUGACCCUCAUCCAGUCAGUCACUGAGAUCAGCCUUGCCAUCCAGGACGCUGACGGCUCCCAGAGCUUCCAGUUCACGUACAAAGAGGAGCUGCUGGGGUACAUGCCGACUGCUUUCCACAUCCGUCUUCCCCUGAGUCACAUCUCUGCUAAUCCCUUUUAG